GCGAAUCACGAUUUACACCACGCAACUUUGUGAAAAACUAUUUUCAAAAGAAACUUCAUUUGUCACAGGCAAAAAAUAUGGUCUCACGUUUGUCACCCGAACUGUUACAAGGAAUUUUUAAAAAUCUCUAUACGUUAUAUCCGUCAAACGACUCAGAAUACAAACCACCAAGCGACGAGUCAGACGUAUUGAACGAUUAUUAUAUUUACCACGAUGAACACGCUUACCGAGGUUACCUCCGUGAUCUAUUCAAUUGCAUACUGGUCAACCGAUACUGGUGCAAAAACGCGAUUUACCUGAUUUGGCAGGAACCUUUUAAUUUUAGGAAUAUCACAAAGUACAAAGAUAUCAUACAGAUCUAUUAUUGUCUGUUGCCGUUCGAGACGAGAUUGAUGUUGAGAGAUAAUUCGGGAGUGGUACCAAUAAAAUUGAAGAAAUUUCAGAAGCCGUUGCUCAAUUAUGCCAGUUUCUUAAAAAAAUUGAAUUUUAUCAACUUAUAUCACGCGGUGGACGUAUGGACUCUUCACUAUACGGUCAGGGUCCGGGGGGCCUCGAUAGAUUAUGAGUUUGACGUAGAGGAAAACGAAGAUCACGACGGCGGCGAAAGAGACGAUAAUUACGAAGAUGAGAACAACAACGAAUUCCUGGAAGUUUGCGAUGACGAUCGAGAAUCCGAGGGCGAGGUGACAGCGGAUGAAUGUGACGAAUGCGAGCUUUUAUCACUACGGGAACGAAGGAUACAUUCAAAGAUCGCCGUCUUCCGGGAACUUUGCGUUCUUUUUGAUUCUCGAUGUGGAAACCUCAAGUACUACAUAGAAUUCGAGGCUUACAGGGAUUUCAUACCAAGUUUAAAUAGGCACGGGGGAGAAUACAGACAUGACACAUUUACAUUCCUACAGGAUCUGUCAAAAAUUCUUCCAUCGAGAAUUCGACUUGAGACCCUGGAAUGUUUCACGUGGUGGGAACCGAAAAUAUUUGAGGAAUUGAGCAAAGUGUUUUCGAGUAUUGGAUUCAUGGAGAUUCAUUGCAAAUCCGAGGACAAUUUGGGAUUGGCAACCCUCAUAAAUACUGUUGACAUGAUUUCACAGCUAACGAUUUAUCAAACGAGAUGGGCUGUUCCAAACAUAACAUCGGCCGUAAAAAAAAAGAUGAGUGAGAUCACAGAGUUUCACAUAAUCGGAGGGGGAUCCAUUCCUCUGAGCAUUCUCUCCGAGGGUAAGGAUCUAAAAGUGUUUGGAAUGUGGCAGGAAACAGAUGAGUUACAAGAUUUCUAUGUCAAAAAUUUGAGAGGAAACAACGAUGACGAGUCCCCUUAUGUGGAUAUUGAUGAGGAGGCUUUGUUACCCUUGGUCAAAUUCACAUAUUUUAAAGAACUGACAAAUCUGUCCCUUGAUAUAACAUUCACAAUUUGCUAUCAAAGGAUGUCAACAAUAAUAAAGAAUACAAAUGGAAAUCUCACCAGUCUCGGGAUAGUUUGGUGGAGCGUGGAGUCAGAUCCCGAUAACGCGCAAUCAUUCUUUACUACAAUCGCCAACUCAUGCCCUCACCUGAUACGUCUCGAACUUACCAUACUUGCCAGUAACAUCGAUUACCUGCAAAUCAUCCUGAGAUCGUGUAAACAUUUGAAAAGCAUCGAGUUCAGAGGGUGGACGAAUUUGGAUAUUAGCCAAUCGAUUCAAAAAAUUGGGGAAAAUUUACCAAAGGAUCUCGAGCAUCUUGUGUUUGACAAAGACUUCAUCUGCAUCUCUUCAGCCUUAAAGAAUUUUCUCAAGCAUUGCCAUGAGAAAAACAUUGUUGGAUUGAUGUUGCUAUUCAGAAAUGGGGUCAGCUGGUUGACCGAACAUAUCAACAUCAUGAAUACUUACAUUGAUCUAGGGGUCUUACAUCCGAACACACAUCUAAGUUGGAAUUGCGUUUAUAAUGAAGAUGGAACAAAAUCGAUUUCCGAAGAAUGA